AUGUAUCUAUUCAUCCCGGGGCCCUGGUCGCCCUGCAGUGCCACCUGUGGACCUGGCAAACAAACUCGUGAGGUGAAGUGCCAGGUGCUUCUCUCCUUCACUCAAACUGAGGUGGACCUUCCAGAGGAGGAGUGUGGUGAGGACAGACCCCUGCUGGAGCGGCCCUGCAAUGGAGGGCUUUGUACUGUAGCCCCCGGUGUCUCUCCAGGAGUCCAGGACCCUGGGGACCCUGACAUCCUGGGAGAGGAGCUCCACCACUGGGACUACAGGGGCUUCACCACCUGCUCAGCCACAUGUGCUGCCGGGAAGCAGACAGCAGUGGUGAGGUGUGUUAACAGAAGGCAAGGGGACGAGGUGGAGGACUCUCUGUGUGAUCCGUCCAGCAGACCGCCGCUUAUGAUCCGCAUUUGUAACCCAGAGCCGUGCCCUCCGAGAUGGGAGGUGACAUCAUGGACUGGCUGCUCUGCAUCCUGCGGUGUCGGCAUCCAGACCAGAAGUGUGUACUGCAUGCGUCUGCUGUCUGUUGACCAGCAGGAUAGUGAGAGUGUUUCAGAGGAUGAGUGCAGGGAGUUCAAACCUGCCAUCCUGCAACCCUGCAACCAAGUGGACUGUCCUCCAGCCUGGGAGACUGAACCUUGGCAGCAGUGCUCACAGUCCUGUGGUGGGGGAGUCCAGGUCCGUAAGGUCUACUGCAAGCAGCUCCAGUCUACAGGGGCCUAUGGAAGACUUGGGGACGAGGCCUGCCGAGGGGCCAAACCCGCCACUCAUAGAGGAUGCAGCAACACAGACUGUCUGCCCUUCAUGGCAGGAGGAGAGUGGGGCAAGUGCUCUGUGUCCUGUGGUUUGGGGAUCCAACGCAGGGAGCCAGUGUGUCGCCAGCUAACAGCCAUGGGCCACCAGGUGACGCUGGCCAGGGGGCUCUGCUCAGGACAGCCCUCCCCACCCCUCCCAAGCUACAGGAGGGAAUGCUCUUCCAUCGAAACAGGUCACAUUAAAGGCAGACUGCCCAACUGGUCAGAGCAUACAUCAGGGGAAAAGGUUGUUAGCAGACCUGUGAUCAUCAGACAACAUCAGACCCUUCUUGCAACUGUGCAGAAGUUCAUUAACAUCAGCAUUGGACACAACGCCUUCCUUACCAACGCUACCCGAUCACUGACCAUACUCUGUCCUACAGAGGGCUUUCCACCACCCAAAAUCAGCUGGACCAAAGACGGAACACCACUAAAGCAAACCCACAGAGUAUCCUGGGAUAGCUCUGGAGGACUCCACAUCUCCCAGCCCAGAGCAGCAGACAGAGGACAGUAUCAGUGCACAGCAACCAACGUACAUGGCUCUGACUCUGAAAUGUCACAGCUCCUGGUGGCUGAGCCCCCAGCCAUCGCAGUGUCAUGGAGGAAUGUAUCAGACCAAGGGUUGGUGUUGGGCCGUAGCCUGAGGGCUGUGGUGGGUGGCCGGGUCAGUGUUCGCCCAGGGGCCAACGUCACCCUGGACUGCCCUGUCACUGGCGUACCCCGGCCCACAGUGACUUGGCACAAGAAGGAUGGACCGUUAGAUGCCAGCUCUGUCUUCCUGCCAUCCGGCUCAUUGUGGCUGAGGAAUGUUUCUCUGCUCAGCCAAGGCACCUACCUCUGCACAGCCACCAACACCAUAGGAAAGUCCAUUGCCUCCACCAUCCUGCAAGUGCACGGUCCAUACCCAGCUGGAGCAGGCAGGGCUGCUCCAGUCUCCCAGGAGCUGAACAGGCGAAGAGUCCUCAUGGCUUCACGUAGUGGAACCAGUGUCAUUGUCAGACCUGGAGACAUCCUACGUAUAGGUUGUCCAGUUGUUCCCGACCACAGAAUGCCAGUCCACUGGGACUACCAGAACCAGACCCUGAAGGAUGUGUCGGGUCCAGGCCAGAUGAAGGGUCCGGGUCCAGGUCAGGCCCUGCAGUACAGGAUGCUGGUGAGGGGUCGCGUGCUGGAGGUCAACACCCUCCAGGGGACGUUUGCAGGUCAUUACCGAUGCCGGACCCUCAUCAGCAGCACCCGACAAAUGCUGUCUGCCUGGAUAUACAUACACACUGAGGAGUUUUCCUGGCGUUUUGGCGACUGGACCACAUGUAGCGCGUCCUGUGGGAACAGAGGGACUCGGCUGCGCAGGGUUCGCUGUGUGGGUCCGGCAGGAGGGGAGGUCCAGCCCACCAUGUGCCACCACAUGCCCAGACCCAUCACAUCCCCAGUGGCCUGCAACACACACGACUGCCCUCCCAGCUGGGUGGUGUCGGUGUGGUCCAAAUGCUCGGCCUCGUGCGGCGGCGGCUGGAAGCAGAGGCAGGUGUCCUGUCAGCAGCAUGACGCCAGGGGAGCGGUGAGGACUCUAGCGCCAUCUGCCUGCGAGCGGAGCAGCCGGCCGGCCGACAGGCAGCCAUGCACCUCCGACACCUGUCCCGUCUGGGUGACCAGUUCCUGGGGAAAGUGUUCAGGGAGGUGUUUAGGCCCCACCACCACCGUGCAGAAGAGAUCUGUCAUCUGCCAGCAUGCCAACGGCUCCUCGCACCAGCUCUGCGACCUCACAAACAGACCUGCGUCGGUCCGCAACUGUACGUCAGAGCUGUGUGACGUCCAGUGGCGUGCUGGUGCAUGGCGGGCGUGCACGGUAGCCUGUGGCAGUGGCUUUCAGUCCCGCAGGGUGGACUGUGUUCACCGGAGGAGCGGCAGGACUCUGGCUGAGCAGCACUGUGCCUGGCUCCAACGCCCCUCCACCUGGCAGCACUGCAACACCAGCCCCUGUGGGAGUGAUUGCAAGGACACGACCCAGUACUGCACUGUGGUGGAGAGACUAAACCUCUGCUAUGUUGAUAUGUACAAGCAGAGGUGCUGCAAGUCUUGUUCACAGGACCCUGACUCUACCUAGUGGCGGCGUGUGGGUAUAACGCCACUAAAUCUGUGGACAGAUGGGACUACAUGGGCAGGGACUGAAAUAGCUGGGAGAUCAUCUGCAGGCGGCUGCUUCAAACACUGCACAUAAAUAUACUGGACUGAAGUCAAUCCAAUUCCUUCAUUUCCUAAAUGGAAAUUGUGAUCCAUAAAAUUGGACUGAAUAGAGCCUGAAAGGGCUGAAAGGAGGAGGGGAUUUAUUUUCUGAUUGGGACUCAUCCUCUCUUACGACGACAAGGGUUCACUAUGUGGAUCGAAUGGAGCCUUGGACUUUUCCUACAACCCCAGAGCAUUUUGUUUCCUGUGACAUUCAGCAAAGGAGGUCGAAAAAAGAAUAUAUUGAUGUCAUUUGUUGUAGAGUGUGUACCAAUGCUCUCUUGGCAGACAUGUAAACUAGGGUUAGACCGAUAUACAGGUUUGCCAAUACUGGCCUUUAAGUAGAUAUCAGCCAGUGAUGUCGUCCAGUGCUGAUAUGGAGGUUCAUCAUAUCGGCAGCUAUAUUAUAAACAGUCGCUAAAACCUAUCAAUGAAAUGAUUUGAGCUCAUUCCUUUUUAUUUAUUAAUUAAAUGUUCAGUAAUGUUUGUUUUUAAAGUAAUUCCUCAUUGAAAGACAUAAUAUUUCCCCACCGUGUAAAGGGUGUGGUGGAUCACCUUCCAGAAGAGCUGUUAAGCUUGGAAGACUUUUCAUUGUUCUGGGUUUCAGAUGGAGAGUUUUAGUGUCCACUGGUGGUCAAAAUGCCAUUUCAGAGGCUUAUCACUACAACGAAAAUAAAAUGUUGGUAUAAUCACAAAACUCUUUUCAUUUUCUUGGCAAGAUGUCAAAUUUGCAGUUAUUAAGUUUUAGCAUAAACUUUUGGAAUAAAGAUUUGCAAAUGGAGCAUCUGUAUCACAGAGCAUCUGUAUCGUACUGGCCUUCAAAAACACAUAUCGGUCGAACCCUAAUGUCAGCAGAACAAAGCAGUGGAUAUCCUGUGUUUGAUUUAUAGUAUUGUGCAUGUACAUAAAAUAAGGAAUUUUGGAUUUAAGUUCGUAAUGACCAUUCACACAUGUGAAGGUGUAGGGAUGUGAUUGUAGUCAGAUGUCACUGAGGGAGAUUAAAAAGGAGAACACAUUGCAAGCUGCUGUGCCAGAGAGCUUGGGUGGCGUGAAUUCAUUUUUGCCAUGCCCACAUAUUUAUCGGUGCCACUUUGUGAUUCUAGUUUUUGACAAUAAUGGAAGUUGCGUGAGAUUAAUUCAAAUUUACAAGCGAAGAAUCGUCUACUUGGAAGAGCUCUGAAGUGACAGCAGAGGAAACGGCGAGGAUUUUGAAUGAUGGGUCUGUUCCUUUUAACUUCGUCUUGGUUGCCAUACCGAUGUGCUGCAUUGUAAAAUAUGUCCUGUACAUACUGUGUUCUAAGUGCAAUACUGUAUAUUGAGUGUAUGUAGAUUUUGUGAGACUUUUUAUUUUCUUACUUCCUUAGUCAUGAUUUAGGUGUCUUUUUAACUCCUGUUUAAAAUCUUAGAAUAUAAAACAAGACAUAAAGCACUUGUCAGUGUUGAUCGGGUGGUGUGUUCGCUGCCACUCCCCUGGUUUUAUUUGCAUGUAUUUAAGUGCAAUCUCAGAUGUUUUAUAGCUACAUUAUGACCUGCCACUCAGUAACACGCAUAUUUACAUUCAGUGUUUCUCUCCCUGGCUACUGAUGACAAUACUGCAUAUUUGGGAUGUUGACAUUCAUAACUGCUUGCGGAUUUUCAGCUUGACUGAGGGAAGAUGAGGUAUUAUAACAAAACAUUAAAGUGCUCUAGAUAAAAAUGCAAAGGAAUAAAGACAGUUUGAUCCCUUAAUGCAUUACUGAACCGUUUUUCACACAAUUCUACAGCCAUUUUUUUUUU